AUCCUGGACGACUUUGGAGCACUAUCGGGCCUACGCGUUCAACCCCAAAAAAGUGUACUUAUGGGGCUGAACACGUACGGCAACCCUCAGCGGUGGAAUGGGUUUCCAGUCCUCAGCCCAGCUGCGACGACGCGCCAACUUGGAUACUGGGUUGGGAAUCUAAUGUCUGCGUCAGCCAACUGGAACAUCAGACUCGAGAAACUGCAACGACGGCUAUGUAUUGCUACCUCAAUCAGCAACUCCGUCGCACAGAGAGUGCUUCUAUUCAAUGUAGUAGCGCUGCCUGGCAUUCUGUACACAGGGAAACAGUUCAUACCAUCGAAAGCUACGCUGCGUCAGCUGACAAACCUCCAGAAACAGUUUGUGUGGAACAGCAAGACUACCACGGAACCAACUCGACAUAAA